UCUGGCAACCAUGUGAACACUUGUUCUGAGGGCGCUUCAUGAUGGCUGCGAGUUGGUGAGAAAGUCGGAUGUUUUAAUCGGACUGUCGAUCAAAAAUGCCCGGUUUGAGAGAACUUGGCUUAGCUGGAGCUGCUCUGACACUAACAGGAGGCGUCGCUUAUUUUGUCUGGAGUUUGCGAGACACGGAGAAAAGACGCAAAGUAGAGAAAGUGACAUUAACGCAGGAUUUACACGCAGAUAAAGAAGAAAAGUUAGAAACAAGGAGCAAGGAAUCAGCACGAGAAGUCGCCAGUGUCACUCAGAAGGGACAGUCAGGAGGUUGUCAGGUGUUGGUGUUGGGUUUGGAUGGUGCCGGCAAGUCGAGUCUUCUUCAAUGCUUUGUGACUGGCAGCACAGAGCAGGAAGUUUCACCCACUCAGGGGUUCCAUGCUGUGUCUAUCAACAGAGAAGGGCUGCACAUCGAGUUUCUUGAGAUUGGUGGUGAGGAGAAGCUCCGCGAAUACUGGCCCAUGUAUCUGAAGAAGGCUCGGGUGUUGGUGUUUGUACUGGACGCGGCCGAUUCGGAACGCUUUCCUCUGGCUAAAGCCAGCCUGCACCGGAUGCUGGACUCUGAGCCUUAUCUACCGCUGGUUCUGCUCGCUAAUAAACAGGACCUCCCAGGUGCAUGUGGGGUGACGGAUCUGUACGAGUCGAUGGCGUUGGGUUCAGCAGGCGAAGGCCGUAAGCUGUGUGUUUUGGGCACGCAGGUUCUGAAAGGCUCAUCCGAUGCUCAUCCCAGUGUUCAGGACGCUUAUGAGCUCAUCAUGGAGAUGAUGAACAGUAAAUCUGUCUAAUAUCAGCCUUACUGAUGCUGAUUGUUUGUUCUUUGUUAGUUGAGUUUAACGAAUGUCUAAAUGAAUCAGGGCUAUUUUGUCACCAAAGACAUUCCUUAAGCAGAAAGCACUUGAACAUAAUCUUUCAGGGUUUAUUCUUGCAUCAGUAUUUAAGGACACUAAAGCGACAUUUCUUUUGAUGUUUUUAACUGUGGUUUAAUUUAGUCUAAGCCAUAUAGUGUGGCUUAGAUGGUAGAUGUUCUUAGAUGUUUAACUAGUGCAAUUUUCUGAACACUGUGUUAAUACAGUAAUGACUGUUAUGGAUGGAUGUGUUUAACAUGGAUGUGAUACACAGACAAUUUUAUUUGUUUCUUUUUGUAAUAUUACUAUAUCCUGUAUAGAUGUUGUUUUGAUUCUUAAAGCAAUAUAUUUGUUGGAUUCUGACUCUUCUAUCCAAUAAAAAGUUUAAAUAUCUGA